AUGGCAGACCCACUUAUCCCUGUGAAGAAGGAGAUUAAAGAAGAAGACUUUGAUGAUUUCCUCUGUGAGUAUAUUUUGGCCAGGAGAGUGGAAGAUACGACUGAGCUGGAAAAAGACUGUAGGACUAAGACAGAAACAUCCUCUACCUGCAAAGGAGAAGACUUCACAUCAGUGGAAAUUACAGAGGAAAACUAUUCUGAUUCUGGAGAAUAUGGCCAUGAUGAUUCCUCAGCUACAAGAGUUGUUCAAAGGAUCACAUGUGGGAAGAUUUUAAGUGUUGUCUCCGAUUUCAACCCACAUCAGACAACACCUACUGGACGAAAGCCACAUCAGUGUUCUCAUUGUGGAGAGGCAUUUGGUAAAACAUCUCUUCUGAGGAGACACGAGAGCAUCCAUACUGGAGAAAAGCCAUAUCAGUGUUCAGAUUGUGGAAAUACUUUUACUCAGGUGAGUGGUCUUAAAAUACACCAGAUGAUUCAUACUGGGGAAAAGCCACAUUACUGCACUACAUGUGGGAAAAGCUUCAGAACGACAGGACAGCUCACAAGACACAAGAGAACACAUUCUGGAGAAAAGCCAUAUCAGUGUUCAGAUUGUGGAAAGACUUUUACUCAGAUAAAUACUCUCAAGACACACCAGAUGAUCCAUACUGGGGAAAAGCCAUAUCAGUGCACUGUAUGUGGGAAGAGAUUCAAAACCAGUAGAGAGCUCACUAUGCAUAAUAGAACACAUACUGGAGAAAAGCCAUAUCAGUGCUCAGACUGUGGAAAGACUUUUACCAACGUGAGUUAUCUCAAAACACAUCGGAUGAUCCACACUGGAGAAAAGCCAUAUCAGUGCACUACAUGUGGGAAGAGUUUUACUAAUGUGAGUAAUCUCAAGGUACAUCAGAGGAUCCAUACUGGAGAAAAGCCAUAUCAGUGCACUACAUGUGGGAUGAGAUUCAGAACAAAAGGAGACCUCACUCUCCACAAGAUAACACAUACUGGAGUAAAACCAUAUCAGUGUUCAGAUUGUGGAAAGGCUUUUACUCAGAGAAAUACUCUCAAGACACACCAGAUGAUCCAUACUGGAGUAAAGCCAUAUCAGUGUUCAGAUUGUGGGAAGACUUUUACUCAGAGAAAUACUCUCAAGAUACACCAGAUGAUCCAUACCGGAGAAAAGCCAUAUCACUGCACUACAUGUGGGAAUAGUUUCAAAACCAGUAGAGAGCUCACUAUCCAUAAUAGAUCACAUACUGGAGAAAAGCCACAUCAAUGCUCAGACUGUGGAAAGACUUUUUCUCGGUCUUCUCAUCUCAAGGAACACCAGAUGAUCCAUACUGGGGAAAAGCCAUAUCAGUGUUCUCAGUGUGGGAAGACUUUUUCUCGGGCUUCUCAUCUCAAGAGACACCAGGUGAUCCAUUAUGGGGAAAAGCCAUAUCACUGUGCCACGUGA